UGUCUUCAACAAAUGACGCUCUGGUGGUCUCUGCUCAGGGGCCCCUGACCCCACUGCUGGGGCUGGCAUCGAAGAUGCGAACUGCUGGCACCUGGAUGAAGAGCAGAUCCAAGAACAGGUGAAGCAGCUUCUGUCGAACGGCGGCUACUACGGGGCUAGCAAGCAGCUCCAGUCCAUGUUCAACAAGGUGCGAGAGAUGCUCCGGAUGCGGGACUCCAAUGGGGCUCGGAUGCUCAUCCUGAUGACGGAGCAGUUUCUGCAAGACCCGCGCCUGGCCCUGUGGCGGCAGCAAGGAGCUGGCAUGACUGACAAAUGCCGGCAGCUCUGGGACGAACUAGGCGCCUUGUGGGUGUGCGUGGUCCUGAGUCCUCACUGCAAGCUGGAAGAGCGGGCUCUCUGGCUGCAGCUCCUCAAGAAGUGGAACAAACUGGACAUCUGUCCCUUGGAAGAGGGCAACUAUUCCUGCGACAGCACCGGGUCCAGCACCGCCUUGCAGCCUAACCCAAACCGCAGCCCAGCGGGAGUCCGGCAGACGGUCUUCAGCCGGGCCAUCAAGGCCACGGAGCUGCGAUGGGGCGACGGCCACCUGCAGAAGAUCCUGAGCAGCGACUGCUACGGCCUCUCCCUGAAGAGCGGCAGCGACAAGCUGGGCUUCGACCCCCAGGGCCACCCACUCUGGCUGGGCGACGCCUUCCCAAUGGCCUGUGCCCGGGUGGACGCCUUGCGCUCCCACGGCUACCCCCGCGAAGCCUUGCGCCUGGCUGUGGCUGUCGUCAACGCCAUGCGCUUGCAGCGGCGCCACCAGCUGGAGAGCUACAAGCAGCAGAAGAAAGAGCUCUUGCACAAAGGCACAACCAGCAUCACCAACCUGGAGGGCUGGGUGGGGCACCCUCUAGAUCCCAUCGGCUGCCUCUGCCGCACCUUCCUGGAGGCCUGCCGGACAGAGGAUGAGGGGCUGGUCCUCUACACAGACUCAGCGGCGGAGCCGAAGAAGGCGCUGUACCAACACAUCGCGGUGCCCUCCAGCCCCGGGGAGUCGUACUUCAUGCUGGCUCUGGAAGUGGCGCUCCUGGGGCUGGGGCAGCAGAGGUCCAUGCCGGAGGGGCUCUACGCUCAAGACAAGGUAGUGCGCAGUGAGGAGCACCUCAUCGGGAUGCUGGAGGAGAUGGAGCUGGACGAGCGGCUGGUCCCCGUGCUCCGCAAGCAGGCUGCCUUGCUCCUGGACGGGGGGCCUUUCAGUGGCUUUGGGGAGAUCGUCUUCCGUGAGAGCGUGCCGAUGCACACCUUUGCCCGCUACCUCUUCACCGCCCUGUUGCCAUAUGACCCUGAGCUGGCCUACCGCUUGGCGCUGCGAGCCAUGAGGCUCCCCGUGUUGGAGACAGUGCUGCCCACCAGUGAUCUACUGCACCAGAACCCACUGGAUUCCAUGAUGGCCAAUCGCUUCCCUCGCUGGUUCACCCUCGGCCACCUGGAAACGAGGCAGUGCGAGCUGGCAUCCGCCAUGUUGACAGCUGCGAAAGGUGACCCCAGUUGGCUGCGAAUGGUUUUGGGCUCCAUCCAGCAAAACAUCCAUUCCCCGGCCCUGCUCUUCAAGCUGGCUCAGGAUGCCUGCAAGACGGCCACGCCGGCCAACUCCCCUCCCGACACCACCUUGCUGAACAUUUCUCUGGAACUCGGCCUGCAGGUGAUGCGGAUGACGCUCAACACUAUGACCUGGCGCCGCAGGGAAAUGGUUCGCUGGUUGGUCAGCUGUGCCACGGAGAUUGGCGUCCAGGCCCUGAUGAACAUCAUGCAGAACUGGUACACGCUCUUCACGCCCAUUGAGGCCACAACCAUUGUGGCCGCGGAGGCAAUUCACGCGACGCCCACGGCUUUCGCUGGAAAGUUGCUGAGCCUGAGCACGGGGCAGCGGGACGAGCUGUGCAGCUGCGCCCGGACACUGGCACUGCAGUGCGCCAUGAAGGACCCCCAGAACUGCGCGCUGCCGGCUCUGACGCUCUGCGAGAAGAACCACGCCGCCUUUGAGGCCGCCUACCAGAUAGUACUGGACUCUGCGGCCUCUGCUGGCAUGGGCCACUCCCACCUCUUCACCGUGGCCCGGUACAUGGAGCACCGCGGGCUGCCCUUGCGUGCCUACAAGCUGGCCACGCUGGCAUUCUCCCACCUCAGUAUUGCUUUCAACCAGGACACGCACCCCGCCCUCAACGACGUCCUGUGGGCCUGCUCCCUCAGCCAGUCGCUGGGCAAGAACGAGCUGGCCGCCAUUGUCCCGCUCGUCAUCAAGAGCGUGCAGUGCGCCCCCAUGCUCUCCGACAUCCUGCACCGUUGGAGCCUGCCGCCUCCGGGCCUGGCCUCGCUGGGCGGGGGGCGCCGCGGGGCAAGCGGCACCGCGGGGAAGCUGUUUGCGGUGGACAAGGCCCCCCUCUGCCAGCUCCUGGAGGCCGCCAUGGCGGCCUACGUCAGCACCACCCACUCGCGCCUGACUCACAUCAGCCCCCGGCACUACGGCGAGUUCAUCGAGUUCCUGGGCAAAGCCCGCGAGACCUUCCUCCUGGCCCACGACGGCCACCUGCGCUUUGGCCAAUUCCUCGACAACCUCAAACAGACCUACAAGGGAAAGAAGAAGCUGAUGUUGCUCGUUCGGGAACGCUUUGGAUAAAGGGGGGGGGCCCUUUGGCUCGGGGGGCAUUCCGGAGAGGGAGCCCUUUGGCUGAAGAGGCAGGUGGACGGAUGGCUCUGCCUUUGAGCGGAAGCACUUUGGCUCGGAGGGCUGCGAGGAACGGUUGGUUUUCCUUGGGGACGGAAGUGACUGGGCAGAGUCCGGAGCCCUGCGUGACUUUGGACGGCCGUUGGCUGGGGGUGGGUGAUCAGGUUAGUCUUCCCGACUGUAAAUGGUGGUGCACCAAGUCUGCAGAACCGAGCAGCUGCAGCGGCACUUCAAGGGGGGGUGGGGGUGGGGGGGACGCGGGGGGUGGGAGAGUUUCCGUAGCACCAGGAGGGUCGGGCACAGAGUCGGACGAAGGUUAAAGCCCCUCCCUCCAGCCCUUUAGGCUUGAUCAGAAGGACCCAGCCCGCUUUGGUGGCAGCAGGAGAUGCCAAUUUCAGUAUUAACUCUCAGGAUGACAGCAACAGUUCUCUGGUUGAAGGUUUUGGACCCCCCUCGCCGGGUCUCGCAGAUAGUGGGGAGCCGGUCCUAUGGAAUUUCACAGUUGCUCUUCCCGUGUAAUGUUGGCAAAAAGUGUGUGUGUGGGGGGGGGGCGGGGUUGGAUCGAGUCCUUGGAGUGAUCCACUUUUUCUACGUCCCCUCCCCAUUUUUUUUAAAGGUCUGGAGUCUCAAGAGUGGGCACUCAGAAGGGACGGAGGCACCGUUUCCCCCCCCCCUCCGUGCACUGAUAGCGUUUAAGUUAGCAGACCCUUCGUGUUGAAAGAAUCCCCCAGGGCCAGGGUGCAAACGCCUCCCGGGGCCAAGGGUUCUCCGACAGGACCCGGGCGGCAGAGCGUCUUCCCACUCAAUCCUUGGCAGCAAGGUUGGCGCCGUUCCACAGGGGGCGAGCGGCAUUGAAAUGGGGGGCGGGGGGCGGAUGGAGGUCUUGUGUGAGCCUGUAAAAGGGCUCGGGUCCGGCAUACUGAGCCAAGAGCCUCCUGUCUCUUUCGUGGAAGAAUACCACUUGAAGGGAUCCAAAGAGCCUCUGCCCCAAGCCUUGAUCCCUUCCCACUUCUGACACCCCUCCAGUCCCAUUAACCAGCUUCUCCGCUCAUUGAACCGCCCUUCCGUUCCGACGGAGCUGUCGGGAACCGGCCCCCUCCUCCCCACGAAUUCUCCCCCGUGUCUCUCUCUCUUCCCCCUCCACUUGCCAGUAUUUCCGCUUUCCCUUGGCCGGGCUCACCGAUUAUGGACUGGAUCCUGAUCUUGCCUGCAAGGGGUGCCGGGGUGGGGGGGUGGGGAGCUCUUCUUCUGCCGUUCUUCCUCUUUACCUGUGUUCUUUGUCGAUGCCCCCCAGACUCCUACAACUGAAGGACUCCCGUCUUCCGCCUCCUCCAGGACAGAGCUCUGGAGCUGCAGGGUGACAGACGGCUCAUACCUCAAGUCUCCUCCCCCAGGUCAGGCGCUGGGCCCGCUUCAGCCACCGUGCCUGUGCAGCACCCCUUGGGAGGUUGUGAGAGCACCAGGUGGAUCCGAGUCACCUUUGCAGGUUCUCGGGUUGCUUGUGCGGUCACACUGGCCCUGCCUCGGGGGGCCUUCGAGUCCCCCCUAGGGGAGGGCGUUGAAGUGGCCACCAACCGGGUGCCAACGGAUGUUGUUCAAAACACCCCACUCCAAAAUCCCACUUUAUUUUCUGCUGGAUAAAGUCUACUCAGGAACAAACCACAACAAGCUCAUGCUACUAUUUAGAUUAUUGUGAAGACAAGAUAAUGUUUAAAAAGUUAAUAUAUAUAUGAAGAGGCGACGGGUCCGGCGGGGACUCCUGUUUGUGCGCAUGGGGGCAGGGGCCCGUGUCCUCGGCACGGCCCUUCGUGUUGGUGGAGAUAUUGGUGUGUUGCACAGCUCUGCUUUGGAGCCAGAUAGUCAGUUAGUUUUAAAGUUUUUGGGGUUUAUUUCUUUGUUUUGCUGUAUUAAGGAAAUUCCUGUAAUUUUGUAAUUUUUUUUUCUAUUUAUUGAAUCAUUUAUUGUAUUUUUUUUGUUUUGUUUUGUAAAAGACUCAACAUAAACCACAACUCUUUUUGGUUUGGUUUCUCUUUUGGA